UUUCUCUUCUCUUGCAGCUACAUUCGUCAAUAUUUCCUCUACAGCUGAACUGGUUGGCACGCAACCUGCAAUGAGGCUCUGCUCAGAAGACCCCCACCUCUGCUGGACCUCCUGGCUCCUGGGAUUCAUCAGUCUCCUUCUCAAGUGUCCCUGUGUCUACCUGCAGAACACAAAGAAGAAAGUGUCCCUACCAUCACUGACAUCUAGAGAGAGUCAUGGAGAUGGAGGAGACAGUGCAAAGGGGAUCCGAGGAGGUUCUGUAUUGUUUCAUGUGAUCAAGAAGCAAGAAGCUGAACCAGAGGAGGUCUCAUGGGCCUUUGGCCCUGAGUCAAACUACAGUGUCCUGCUGCAAGUCCAUCGUGGGGCAGACACUCCAACCUGGGUCAGCCUCCAGGACAAGUACCAGCAGAGGGUCCAUGUGUUCAACAACUUGUCCCUGAAGAUUGAGAACCUGACCUGUGAGGACAGUGGACACUACCGGGCUCGAGUCAGCUUCCCUGGAGGAUUAGAACUUACCCAGGUUUUCCUCCUCACGGUCUAUGAGCCUGUGCCCUUUCCCCAGAUUCUGAUGGGGUCAGCAUCCAUCACACCAGACCGGUGCAACAUCACCCUGGAGUGCAGAGCCUCUGGGGCCACAGAAGACCUGAAUGUGACCUGGGAGAACAAGGGCCUCCCCAAAGAAUGGGAGCAGAAGAGGACAUUAGAACCAGCCUCCAACUCACGCAUCCUGGCUGUCAGCUUGCCUAGAGGCCAGCCGCAUGCCAGCCUCGUCUGUGUGGUCAGCAACCCGAUGGGAAAUAAAACUGCCUCCUUCGACCUUGGGAGAGUCUGCGUCCAUGAUUCAGCCAACCAGGUCAAUGCUGAUCUCCUAUCUGGCAUUUGUGGGGCAGUCGCAGCUGUGUUAUUGAUCCUCGGAGGUGGACUGUGCCUUUGGAAAAUCCAUGGGAAGAAGAUGAAGACUGGAAGAGGUGCAAAUCACAAGAGGAUGAUGAUGACGCAGCCAGCAGGAAUCUCUAGAAAGCAUGAACAAGGUUAUCAGGGAACAGCAUCUGAAAGAAAAGGGACCUCUCACUACUAUCAUCAGUGAGGUCUGUAAGCCAGGUCAUGCCAUGAAGAUAAUUUAAUUGGAGGAAACAGAAGAAUUGGCCCUCCUAGGACACCUCCACCAGGAGCUUGAUCCCUGAAGACACCCGCCUAUUCCACCUCUAGUCCAGUUCCAACUGCCUUUUGUCUGUUACCUGGGCCUAUGUGGUCUUAUUGCUUCCUCUGACACCUCUCCAAACUGCCCUCCUAUUCAGGAUCCUCACAGUUGCAGGAUGAGCACUCCUCCUCUGCCAUUGGCUCAACUCUUGACCCCUCACCUUCUGAAGCUUUCCAAAGAAGACUUUUCUGACUGUGUUAAUCCCCACAGCCUCUGCUCUGUGGCUGCUGUGUGUCUUUCCUUGAGAACAUGAGCCCAGGCAUGGGGACUGUGUGGAGAUGGUCCAUGCCACAGAGGAGGGAGUUAUGACCUUGAUGUUGAAUGCUGAGUUGGGGGUCAAUGGAAGCAGCAUGGGUAGGUAUGAAUCCUUAAAAGACUGGCCUGAGGAUUCCUUUGCACCUUACAUAGAGCAAAGUGUGUGUCAAGCAGUACACUUGUACUGGGAAGAAUGUCUAGUGUAUCUUAUAAUCUUCUUCUUGGUUACUUGUGUUAACCUGGACUUUGGCCUCAACUUGGCCCAUGGGCCCCAAACCCACCUUCCUGUAAGGUGGGAAGAAGAAUUUGUAAGUCCUCACCCCCUUCCAGGACUUAAUUUUCUCAGAAAAUAAUCCUAGAACCUAUAAGUCAGGAAUUGCAUUCUUAGGAAAAUAGUUUCAGCCUGUCCCUUCCUGGGAUAGGGGUACUUGGUCAUGAUGAUGAAUGUGCAGUAUCCUCUGACCAUCCUUGAUGAGGCUUCCAAGGGAUAGGAAGAGUGAAGUUUGUAGGAAGAUCUGCACCAGCCCUCUCUGGUCUUUUCUAUUGAAGAGUCUUGCUGGCCUCCGUCUAAAGGUCAGCCUCCUCUUUGCUCACUCACAUCCCUUUGUCCAGAAAGAUGGCUCCCUUUCCCUACUCCUUGCUCCCACCCCUGCCUACUGGAAUCUUAUCAUUCUGCCCAAAGUCCUCUUCCAAACCACAGGUUCCAUGAAGCCUAUCUGGUUCCCAAAGGUUUAGAGAUGGUCUUUCCUAUAUCUGACCGUUUCAAACACCUUGGAGGCCCUGACACAGUCUGCCCUGGAUUGGUCAUGAGUCUUCCCUGCUGGACUCACCUGGGGCUCCCUCAGGAGGGUGUUGGAGCCACAAGAAGCCAGCGCCAAGGAGACAAGCACCUCUGUCUGUGAAAGAUCUGGGCAACCCUUUUUUUCCAACUCCCGGGGGACUCAGCAGACUGAGACCAAGAGCAGAGGCUGCUGAAGGUUUUUGUGGCAGUGAGUCCACAUGGAAGCAAAGAUGGAUGUGAUGACCUCCAGCAAGCCCACCUGUCCCAGAAGUUGGAGAUGGGGAUAUCUUCACACCACCUCCAGCCUCACAUGGCCCGAAGACCUGUUUCAGCUGCACUAUGGUGUGUGAGAGCUUCUCCUUUCUCUGGGAGUCCUCACCUCCUGGAAGCCCCUGCUUCCUGCCUUGGGUCCCAGCUCUUGUGUAAGAAGUGGGCUCACUCUAGCAGUGAGCUGCUGUGGUUUCUCAACUGACCCAGAUUCUUGAGUCAUGUGGUUCUCCUCCUUGCUCAGCUCAACUCAGCUGCUUCAUAUCUGCUUUCAGACUGUCUAAACAUGGUUCCCGCUGAGGGCUUGAGCAUCAUGAAGCAAUGCUAUGAGCCUACUGGAUGGUAAACAGGUGAGAGGGGGAGGUGGGGAUCUGCAAAAAGUCACCUUUUCUGAUUUCCUGUCCCUCAGGUGGAGCAAAAACUUGAGGGAGAGAUAGGCACCAUCUCCUCACAGACUUCCCAUGUAACUGGUCUUUCUGGGCAUCAGUGCCCAUAAGCCCAAGAGCACUGUAAGAUGGGGCCACCCAGUAGCCAUUCCCACCCCACCAAAAGUAGAAAAAAAUAAAAUGAAGGGACCUGGGUUUUUCCAAACCUAUAGUGAACCAGGGUUUGUCCCAUGCACUUUGGAAAUAUUAUUCUUCUAAUCUUUAUAAGGAACCUCUAAGGUAGGUAUAGUUAUUCUCAUUUGAGUAACAGAAAAUUGAUAUCUCAGACUAGUUCAGUGGUAGAGCAAAACCUUAAUCUAACAAAGUUCACAGCUUACCCCUUCACCAUUAAUCACUGAAGAUCUUGGAAUUCUAGAGUAUUCAGAUGGGAAUAGCCAAUUUUUCCUCUCCCAAGGAUCUUGGACUCUGACUGAGGUGCCUCAAUAUCCUAAUUGAUAUGGAGCAGCUGGUGGUUAGAAAGGAUUACUCCUGAAGUAAUCCCCUGAAGUGGACAAUGCGGCCUUCAUGGGUGGGAAACCAUAGAAUGAGAGAUCUUGACUUCUGAUGCAGAUGAGACAUUUUAAGAGAUGUUUCCACCUCUUGCCUCUCUUUCCAUGCAAGGUGUGUGUGGAUGUCAUCACUUCAUCUUCAAACCAGUUUCCCCUUUGCAAUGUUAUUCAUAAAAUCAUUCAACAUUCAAUAAACUUUCUGUAAGUCUCUCA